AUGGACACAGCCCAUGUUCCUACAAAACGUUUUAUAAAACACAAACUUGAUAACCCCCUCAACCCACAAGUCAGCUGCUAUUUCGUUGAUGAAAUACCUAGCACUGUGAACAUUCCUUCAUGUGGUUCUAUCAAAUAUUGUGCAAGCAACUCGACAAAAAACAUUCAAAAAUUUAAAAAUAAAUUUUGUUUUACUGACAGUACCUUAGGAGAAAAUCUAGUAAAUACAACCGCUGCUAAAUCUGACGUUUGUAGUCCAAAUCACGACAUAUAUUUUUCAAAAACAAAAUCAUUUAAAAAUCAUAAAAGUACCAACAUCCAAGAAGUACCUCUCAGCAACGUAAACUCCAACUCGCUGUUGGAGAGCAACUCCAAUUUACCAGUUUGUGUGGUUUCGGCGAAUGCUCGGGCAGACAUUGAAUACUUCAAUUUAAGCCUUGGCAAAAAUAUGGCCUAUUCCACUUACAAAUUGGGUUGUAUGCCAACUUCUGAUAGGUAUCUCAACCCAGACAACCACUACUACUCUUCUCAACAACUCGAACCUUUUCAAUCAAGUUUUUCUGAAAAGAAUUAUUUCUCGAAUUUCAGUUUUGAACAUCCGGCACUUCAAAAACCGUCAAUGUACAAUUCUGGUCAUCUUGUACGAGACAUGAAAAAAAAAAAAUUAUUAAACCAGCCAGUGCGAACAGAUAGCAUCAACAUACCUCAUCCUCUCGUUCGACCUGAAUCAAGGUGUCAACAGCUUUCAGCGUGCCCUAGCGUUAAAAACUCCUCAUCACGUUGCAAUGUAUGUGCAAAUAGGUUUUCGAAAGUAUUUGCACCGACACCAUCACCUUUAGGGUUUUCACCGGCUGAAAAGCCUCUUGGCAAACGAUUGCCCAACUCUGUAAAUCUUUGCAGAUGCUGCACGAGCGACGGCCAAAAUGAUGACUUUAUAAGAAAUGUACACAGUGGAGAUCAAUACAGUUAUAAAAAUCAAUGUCCAUCGUACAAAUUAGAUUCUGCAAGAUGGUCGCAAAUUCGGCACAGCCUUCUCGGCCCACGACACCAACAGCCUUCGAACACUUGUAACCCACCAUGUUCAAAUCCUAUGCCCUCGUGUGGCUGUCCUACUUCAAACUAUCAACCCCGUGUAGGGUUUACACAAAAAGAAUAUUAUUUGGGAGACGAGGAUAACACAAAAGUUAACAUUACGGUGCGCGUUGAGAAAGAUAACCAAAGUUAUCCCAUCAAUAUCAAUUAUCCAGAUAAUUCGCGUCAAUGUGACUUCAUUAACGAAUCAGAUCAAAACGCCAUCUACCAGGACCCAAUGUUCUGCAAUGAAGAUCAAAAUGAUGGGCUUACAGAAACCGCUUAUCCUCAAAAUGACCAGUAUCUUUUUGGUAAAAAAGUUCGUUGUGGAGCUCAAGCUGGGUUAACAAGUGGCUUCUUUGAACCGCUUUUCAACUUUUUUAAACCGUGCAAACCCAAUAUUGACGAUAAUUCCUCAGAUGAAAAUGUUGGGAGAAAAGAUCGAAAGUCAAAUCGAAAACUAACUUCUGAAAAUGAGAAAGAUCAAAAGAGAAAGCCUCCAGGAAAAGAUAAAGAGAAAGAAAAAGCAGCCACUAAGACAGAUGAACCACCCUCAAAAACUGAAGAGACAGAAAAAACUCCCACACAGGCGACACCAGGUAAAACGUCAUUAAUUUCCAAAUUAGAAGAAGUGUCACUAUUCAACGGUAGUUUAAUGUCAAAGUACUUGUUCCUACUUCUAGAGACCGUGUUCAAACGCAUGUCUCCUGCUGGACGUUGA